UGGGCCACGCAGGGUGGAGCAGGUCCCCACCCCUCCCACCGGCACCUGUCCCGGCUAUAAGGCCUCCGGAGAGGAGGGGCCCCCACGGCUCGCAGAGACGCCUGGAGAUGAAGACGGCCCUGCUGUUCCUUGCCGCCCUGGCCGUGGCCGCUGGGCCAGCCCAGGCUCUCCGCUGCCACGUAUGCUCCAGCUCCACCAACUGUAAGAAACCUCAGACCUGCUCAACCAACGCAAACUUCUGCAGGACCGUGACCAAGGUGGAGCCCUUGGCUGGGAACCUGGUGGAGAAGGACUGCGUGGAGUCGUGCACGCCCACACACAGCCUCCAGGGUCAGGUCAGCAAGGGAUCGGAGACCAUCCUGUGUUGCAAGGGCGACCUGUGCAACGGAAGCCUGCACAGCGCCGCGCCCGCCCGCGCCCUGCUCACCAGCGCCCCCCUCGGCCUGGCGCUGGCCCUCGGACUCCUCGCCCUCUUCUGGGCCCCCAGGCUGUGACCCCCAGGACCAGGGGCCCCACUCCCUCCUCUCUGGCCAGCAUGGGGGCUCAGACACCCGGGGCUGGGGGCUGAGGUCUGGGGCCGGGCGGCCGUGGGGCAGGAAGAGCUGAAGACUUGGAGCCGUGCCUCCCCCAGCACACGAGGAUGCACCCCGCCCCCCCGCCCCGCCUCCCGUGCAGCGGCAGCGGGGGGAGGGGACAGGCGGCACUGGGCUCCCUGCAGAUUUCGUAUUCAUUCUGUUUGGUUUCCGUUUAUUUUUCUACUCAAAGCCCUGCAUACGAAUACAUGAUGGAAAAACCAA